AUGGCAAAUGCAAGAGAACUAGACAAACAUGGCCUCACUAGAAUCUCCCAACUCUCCUCCAAAUCCAUCUUUUGCACUAAGAAGUACAACAGCAGCAGCCACACACAUCAACACGUUCUUGCGAAGCACGUCCACAAAGGAAGCCUCCUUCUCGGAGUUCCCCUACACCCCGCCGCGCCGGAGCUCCCCCUCCCUCUCCCAGAGCCUCCACGCCUCCCCGGCCUCCUCCCCUCUCCACCCCCUCUCAAGGACGGCCAGAUUUUGUCCAUUGCCGCCUCCAACGGCCUCGUCUACACUGGCUCCGAUAUCAAUGUCAUAAGGGUGUGGAAGCUGCCGGAGUUCUCCGAGUGUGGCCAGCUCAAGACCAAGGCCUGCAUGGUGGUGGCCUUGGAGGUGUCCCAUGACAGGGUUUACGCGGCUUAUGGGGAUGGGAAGAUUAGGGUUUGGCAGAGAACUUGGGACGAAGGGUUGAAGCAUGUCCGCUUGGCGACGAUUCCAAAGACGGGUAACUAUGUCCGCAGCUACAUUUCCGGCAAAGAGAAGAUGACGAAGCAUAUGGGGCCUAUAACAUCCGUAGCGAUCAAUGUCUCGGACGACAUCCUAUACUCGGCUUCCAUGGACAAAACCGUCAAAGUGUGGAGAAUCUCCGACCUCAAGUGCAUUGAGACAAUCCAGGCCCACCCGGAGCCGAUCAAUGCCAUAAUCGUCGCCGACGACGGAGUCCUCUUCACCGCCUCCGACGACGCCACCGUCAAGGUGUGGCGGCGCAACUUCUGCCGCGGCGACCAGCCCCACUCCCUCACCGUCACCCUCCCAGCCAAGUACUCCCCCGUCAAGGCCCUAACCCUAACCCCCGACGGCGCCGUCCUCUACGGCGGCUGCACCGACGGCUACAUCCACUACUGGCUCAAGGGCUGGUACUCCGGCCAGCUCCAGUACGGCGGCGCGCUCCAGGGCCACACCCACGCCGUGAUGUGCCUCGCCAGCGUGGCGAACUUCGUCGUUAGCGGCUCGGCCGACUCCACCAGUAGGGUUUGGGCCAGGGAACAGGACGGCCAGCACACCUGCUUGGCGGUGCUCGUCGGCCACCGCGGGCCCGUCCGCUCCGUCGCUGCCUUUUCUGGCCGGUUCGGGGAGGAUAUCAGUGAUCAGGAGGGGUGUACUAUUUGCACUGGUAGCCUUGACGGCGUGCUUAAGGUGUGGCGAGUAGUGACGUCAGGCGUGAAUUAUAUGAACCGGUGUUCGACUCCUAGUGGGUGCGAGUAUUUUGAGCUCUAG